GUUCGAUUCAGUUUAUACUGAACACUGAACAGCAGAGGUUAUCUGAAUUACUGAAAAGGGUGCUUUAGUGUAUUUUUCUUCUUAUUUUUUAUGGUGAAACAGAUUUUGCUCGAGGUUUACAAUGAGGAAGAGUGAGUUACAUGCUGCCGAGUCAGUGGCAUGUCUGAAUAAAGCACUGAAUCGCCUCAAGGACAUCUGGGAGGAGAUCGGUAUACCAGAGGACCAGAGACUGCAGCGCACUGAGGCGGUUAAAAUGCACAUCAAGAACCUUCUCGACAUGAUGAUAGCAGAGGAAGAGGGGCUGAAAAAGAGGUUGCUGAGCAGCAUUGAGUCCUGUCGGAAAGAGCUGUCUACUUUGUGUGAUGAGCUUCACCUCCCUCCGUUUGAGGAGGAUGACGGCCUGAGCAUGCUGCAGCUAGAGAAAGAGAUUCGCACACGCCUGAAGGUGAUGCUGAAACAGAAGAACCAGCGUCUUGGUGAGCUGAAGAGUCUGAUCCAGCAGGACCGCGAGCUGUGCGAUAUCCUGUGCGAUAACCCACACUCCAUCGAUCCUGACCGCGUUCCCUCUGCUGAGCAGCUGCAUAGCUACCGUCAGCACAUUGCCAGCCGCAAUCAGGAGAAGGAGCGUCGUUUUGUCGAGUUCGUCUCCAUUAAACGUCAGAUCGUUGCAUGCAUGGAGGAUCUUGAGCAGAUACCCGACACUAGCUUUGAGAGAGAUGUGGUGUGUGAAGAAGAAGAAGCGUUCUGCCUCUCAAUAGAUAACAUUACUGCCCUGAAAGUGCUACUGAGCCAGUUAGAGAAUCGUAAAGAAGAGAUCGAGGCAACUUGCAUCUCCUACCGUGGCCGUAUCGCAGAACUGUGGGAGAGACUGCAAAUCCCCCAGGACGAGAGAGACUCCAUUGCUGAGCACAUGCAGUGCAGCAAAAGGAGGAACAUGGAUGCUCUGCACGUUGAGGUAGAGCGCCUGGAGGAGCUGAAGAUCAAGAACAUCCAGAGUGUGAUCGAGUCAAUCCGAGCAGAAAUCGAAAUCCUCUGGGAGAAAUGCUUUUACAGCCUGGACCAGAGACAAGCCUUUACCGCAUAUUACUCCGAUAAAUUCACUGAGGAGCUUCUGACCUUACAUGAGCAAGAAGAGCAGAGGCUAAAGCAGAAUUACGAGCAGCACAGAGAGCUUUAUACUGGAGUGACUAGUUGGCAGAGUAACUGGACUCUCUAUCAGGAACUGGAGAAAAAGGCCACAGAUCCAUCUCGCUUUCACAACAGAGGAGGCAACCUGCUCCGAGAGGAAAAGCAAAGAGCAGACCUUCAGAAGAGUCUGCCCAAGCUGGAGAAAAGUCUGAAGGCCCAGAUCGAUCAGUGGGAGGCGGAGCACGGCUCAGAGUUCCGGGUCAACGGGCAGGCCUUCAUGCAGUACGUGGAGGAACAGUGGAGCCUUCACCAGCUGGAGAAGGAGAAGGAGAAACUUGAGAGGCAAAUGAAAAAGAGCAAGCAGACAGAGGAGGACAUGUUGUAUGGUACAUCACUCAAAACUCCCACCAAGAGAAGACUGGCAGGGGCGCCCACACCUGGAAAAUCCCGCAAGCUGAAUUCUACCUCCAGUAUUGUUAGCUCUACACCAAACACCACCUUGCGCUCCAUCUGCCACUCGCCGUCCAUGAGACCUCCUCUCUCUGCCAGCAAGAUUGGUUUGGGUUUGCGUACACCAGGACGUACUCGCACCCCGCGUGGCCUGGAGAGGAACAAGGAAAACAUUUCUCAGCUUUCCGGAGCACUGCGCACCAUGACCUCCAGCCCAUACCGAAACUGUUCCAUCAACUCUGUCGCCAGCUCCUACUCUGAGUUUGCGAGGGAUUGUGUCAACAUUGAAUCCACAACCAUCUCCAGCGAGAACUCUCACAAGCAUCAAAGUCCAGCUACAAGGCUGGAGUUCUGAACUCCACAAUCACACGCUAACUGCUAAUAUCAAGGAACCAUGGCACGCACUCCAGCGAUCGGCACAGCCGCACUGUUUCUGUACAUAAAGAUGGACAUUAAGAAAUUGCUGAAUGUAAAUUACAUACAAAAGAUUUGUGGAACCUGUGUAAAUAUUUUUACUCCUGCUUUUAAUGGUUUUCAUCUUUCAACCUUUUCUCUCUUUUAACAUACAUUUUAGCUUUGAACACAUCUGUUCUGAAAGCACAUUUACAUAGAGAUCAAGAGUUUUUAUAAAAACUGCAAUAAACUCUUUUUUUUUUUAUUAUUAUUUUAGGUUCAGCUAUUCAUCUGGGCUAAUACAGUAUCUUAGUUUUGGAAGCACAAAUGUUUUAGGAUAAUCUAUCUAUAUUUAUUGUUUUUUUUUUUUUUUUUUUCUACUACAUAAUUGACACUAGUUCUUCAUUCCUGACAUGUUUCACUUGGGGGAAUCUGUAAAAUAAAUGUCUUUAAUUCUGA